GACAUUCGGGUCGGAUCGAAGAGGGGCUCGGCGGCCCCUGCGUGCACUUGUGCUAGCCCGGGCAGGAGGGAGCGCCUCUGCGGAGAAGCCCAGGAAGUGGGGGAGGGAGAGACGUGCCAGAAUCUCGGUGCCGGGCGCCCUGGUCGGCCGCGGAGGAGCUGCAGCCUCCAACAGGAAGUUGUGCGUCUCUGGCAUGCUACCUGCUCUGCUCAGUAACUGAAGUCUCCCCCAUCAGAGCUCGGCCAGGAAGCAAAGGUUGCCACAUCUCCCCAAGCCAGGCCUGCCUGAAGUGCUGCAUGCAAUUUGGCUGCUGGCUAGGGCACAUUAAACAGAGUUGUAGGCAUGGACUUCGUCAUGAAGCAGGCCCUUGGAGGGGCCACCAAGGACAUGGGGAAGAUGCUGGGCGGAGAGGAGGAGAAGGACCCUGAUGCACAGAAGAAGGAGGAGGAGCGGCAGGAGGCACUUCGGCAGCAAGAAGAGGAGCGCAAGGCCAAGCACGCACGCAUGGAGGCCGAGCGUGAGAAGGUCCGGCAGCAGAUACGAGACAAGUAUGGGCUGAAGAAGAAGGAGGAGAAGGAGGCUGAGGAGAAGGCAGCCCUGGAGCAGCCCUGCGAAGGGAGCCUGACCCGGCCCAAGAAGGCCAUCCCGGCAGGCUGCGGGGACGAGGAGGAGGAGGAGGAGGAGAGCAUCCUGGACACGGUGCUCAAAUACCUGCCCGGGCCACUGCAGGACAUGUUCAAGAAGUAACCGGCCCUCCCACCACAUCCCCACUCCACUUGUUACUUUUUUUUUUUUUUUUUUUUUUGGUUCUUUCUUUUCUUUUUAUUCAUUUAAGUCUCAGUUCUGAAGGGGAAAACCUCAGUUGGCCUCUGUCCCCCUUCCCUGGCCAGGGGCUCCUCCCCCUCAGCACUCUUCACACUCCUUUCAUCCCAGGGUAUCCAGCCUCCACCUCACUCCCAAGUUGCUUGAAAAGAAGAAGACAGCUUUUCUCCAGCAGGGGGUAUUGAACCCAGUACAGGAAGCACUGGGGGGCCCCCUCCAGAAGCCUAAGGUCUGUGCUGGUGUGGUAAUCCCCAUACAUUCCUUCAUGCACCCCACUGCCAGGAGGACCACUGUCCCCAGCCAGCCAAAGUAAUGACACAUUCCAGCCCUGCCCAGCAUGCUGACCUUUGGCCUCUAAACCCCAGUGGGCCUCCAGGUCAGGGCAGGGGCAUUGAGUGGCCUGGCUCUGAGGAAGGGAGUCAGGGUAAGUCUGUGCUGUUAGGGCCUAGCCUGAGGCUGGCCUGUUCUGUUCUGUCCAGGCCUGGGUCUGGGCAGGAGGCUGGGGCUCUCCUUCUUUCCUCCCUCUGAUGCCACCUAGUCUAGGAGCAUUCCUCUCCCAACC